AUGGAUGAAGAAGGCAAUAUUGUUGAUUCUGUGUCUACAAAAGGAAAACAAGAAUUGGAAGAAGUUAGUGAUGCACAUGUUUCAAAAGAACCUCAAGAGUCAGGGUAUGCAAGCAUCCAAAAAGGCAAAUUAGAAAAAACACGGAAAGGUGUUAUACGCCAAAGAAAAUUUGUUUGUUCAAAAGAAGGGUUUCGACAAUUUGAUCGUCAGACUCUUAAUCUAAGAAAGCGUCGUGCCAUUACAAGAAUUGGUUGUAAAACACGUAUGGUGGUAACACUUACAAAAGAUGAGGUAUGGUCGGUUAGUGAAAUUGAAUUAGGGCACAAUCAUUCUCUUGUAAUUGAAUCAAAAGCAUUUUUGCUUAGGUCACAGAGUGUUAUCGAACUUGCACAAGCGAUUAAAAUUGCAACUUUAGAUAAUUCUGGGAUCUCACCUACUGAGGGAUAUGACUUUUUAUGUGAGGAAGCUGGAGGGCAUGAAAGUCUUCAAUUCAUAAAAUUAGACUACAAAAAUCUUUUGCGUACCAAGCGUACGAAGGAUCUUAAAGGCGGAGAUAUUCAUACUCUAUUGGAGUAUUUAGAAAAUAAGCAUUUAGAAGAUCCAAUGUUCUUUCAUAGUAUGCAAAUUGACCAAGAAGAAAAAAUGAUAAUUUUUUUUUGGGUUGAUGGAAGGGCAAUCCAAGACUACAUGAGAUUUGGUGACGUUGUUUGUUUUGAUGCAACAUAUAAAACAAACAAGUAUGGUCGACCAUUUGCUCCAUUUGUUGGUGUAAACCAUCACAGACAAACUGUAUUUUUUGGUGCUGCUUUGCUUUUGGAUGAAACAACAGAUACUUUUGUAUGGUUAUUCGAAACAUUUUUAAAAGCUAUGUCUGGCCGAACACCAAAAACAGUUCUUACAGAUCAACAGGAUUUUAUAGGGAAAGCUGUUGCUAUUACAAUGCCAGAGACAUGCGUUACUCGUGCUCUUAAGAUGUUCGUCAAAAAGUUCGUGGAAAAGGCUUUCAAGCCUGUAGGAAAUCGGAAUGGUUUGAGACUGAUGGCUGAUGACAUAAAUCCCCGCCUAGUUUUUCACUAUGGGAUCCCAGCUGGAUCCACAUUAUUGGCUUAUGACUCGAUUCAAAAAAUACUUGCAAUUUCUACAAAAGAUGGCCGAAUCAAACUACUUGGACAAGAUAACACUCAAGCUUUACUGGAGUCUAAUGAUGCAGUUCCGAGCAAGUUUUUACAGUUUCUUGAGAACCAACGCAUCCUUCUGAAUGUAACUGCCCAAAACCACAUUGAGGUAUGGGACAUAUACACGAAGCAAUUAUCUUAUGUACAUAUUUUUGAAGAAGAAAUUACCUCUUUCACAGUCCUCCAACAGAGUCUCUAUGUGUAUAUUGGAGAUUCUCUGGGAAAUGUUUCUGUUUGGAUGCUUGAUCAAGAACUAUGUCAUUUCAUACAGAUGAAAUACAGCAUUCCUUUUUCAGCAUCUCAUGGGGAUACGACCGAAGUUGGAGAUAAUGCUGCUGUAUUGCAUAUAUUACCACAACCAAUGGCUGAGAGUAAGAGGGUCCUUUUAAUUUUUCGAGAUGGUCUUAUCAUCCUUUGGGGAAUCCAAGAAAGUAAAGUCAUUUUUGUAACUGGUGGAAGCAUGCUCCAGUCAUUAUGUAACGAAACAAAGAAAGUAACUUCUGCAUGCUGGGCAUGCCCAUUUGGAAGUAAAGUAGUUCUUGGAUACAGCAAUGGAGAGAUAUUCCUAUGGAGUAUUCCGCCCAUUUCAGAGCCAAAAAGUGAAAUACAAUGAUAAAGAUGUCAGUGUGCUGCUCAAAAUGUUCCUAUUUGUAAACUCAAUCUCGGGUAUAAGAUGGACCAAAUCCCUAUAGUUUCAUUGAAAUGGGUUUAUGCAGAUGGAAAGUCUAGUCGAUUAUAUGUUAAUGGUGCCUCUAGUUCUGUGUCCUCGAACUUGUUACAGGUAAUUAUGAUGAAUGAACAUACAGAAUCCCGUACAAUUAAGUUCAUUUUUCCUCUUCCAGAACCGUGUUUAGAUAUGGAGAUCAUUUCAAGCACCAGUGACCAAAGCAAACAAAAAGGAGACUUUCUUCUCAUCCUGCUAAAAUCGGGCCAGCUGUAUGUUUAUGAUGAUUCUACGAUUGGAAAGUAUCUAUUACAGUGCCAGUCAAAGUCACCUAUGUCAGUUCCAAAGGAGGUAGUGGUAAAGCUGCCAUUUGCGGAUUCAAGCAUCACCAUAGCAAAAAUCAUUACAAAUGAUUCAAUUCCGUUAACUUCUACUGAUGAGGAUUACAAUUUUCUUGUGAAAAAUUCCAUACCAUUGCUUCCUUACGUGAAAGGAAAAGAUGCAAACAACUUAUAUUCAACACAUUUCAGCGGGUUUGCGAAGAUUAAAAAUUUGUAUAUAACAGGGCACAGCAAUGGAGCUAUAAAUUUUUGGGAUCUAUCUUUCCCCCUUUUCCUUCCGAUUUCAUCAGUAAAUCAACAGAGUGAAGAUGAUUACUCUUUGAGUGGUGUUCCAGUGACAGCAUUGUAUUUUGAUAGCAACUCCCGGGUUCUUGUUUCUGGAGAUCAAAGUGGAAUGGUUCGUAUCUUUCAAUUCAAUCCAGAGCCCUUUGCUUCAGAAAACAAUUUCUUAGGAACUGCAAAGAAAGGGUUCAGCCACAUCAUCCAUAAGGUUAAACUUAUUAAGGUUAAUGGAUCUGUACUUUCUAUCAACAUUAACCAUGGCUCUGGACAUCUUGCCGUUGGUUCUGAUAAAGGAUAUGUGUCAUUAGUUGACAUGGAAGGACCCACUCUAUUAUAUCAAAAACAAGUCAUGAGUGAACUAUGCGCAGAUGUGAUAUCUCUGCAGUGUGGUAUCUGCAGCUGUCAUGGUUUUGAGAAGAACAUUUUGUUUGUAGCGACAAAAGACUCAUCAGUAAUAGCUCUUGAGAGCGACUCUGGGAACACAUUGAGCAAUACGAUGGUCCAUCCUAAGAAGCCAUCCAGAGCUCUAUUCAUGCAGAUUUUGGAGGGACAAGAAGGAUCUGCUCCAUCUGAUUGUGUUGAUUCAAGUAAAGGAAACUGUGUUGAGGAUAUGAUUCCAAAGAAAUCAUUUUUGUUGUUGUGCUCUGAGAAAGCUGUUUAUCUGUAUUCCUUAGAACAUGCAGUUCAGGGAGUCAAGAAGGUGAAUUACAAGAAAAAAUUUCAUGGAAAUUCAUGUUCCUGGGCAUCAACAUUUUGUACUCCCCACAAUGAUGUUGGUCUCAUACUCCUUUUCAGUAGUGGUAAAAUCGAAAUAAGGUCUCUGCCAGAAUUAUCCCUUGUUAAGGAAACUUCAAUAAGAGGUUUCUCGUUUUCAAAUUCGAAGUCAACACCUUGGACAGAGAUUCCAAUAUGCUCUUCAUUUGAUGGAGAACUUAUUCUGGUGAACGGAGAUCAAGAAGUCCUUUUUGUGUCUGUUCUUUCUGGCAAUGAAAUCUAUAGGCUUUUGGACCUUAUAAGCCACGUCUACCAGAAGGAUCUGGUGUGUUUACAAGAUGGUCCUGUCUGUAGACCUGUCAUCCAUAAAGAAAAGAAAAAGGGUAUAUUGAGCUCUGUAAUUAAAGAUUUGAAAGGAAAUAAAGUGAAGCAGGGACUAAAUGCAGAAGUGGAAGACUCCAAAGAAAAUAUUGAAGCAUUGUCAACCGUAUUUUCACAUGCUAAUUUUCCAACGGUCGUAGAGAACAGAGACAGCCUGGCUGUGGAUGAAGAUGACGUUGAGCUGAAUAUAGAUGAUAUUGACCUUGAAGAUCCAGCAGACAGUUCGAAGGCCCAUGGCAUGAUUCCAGCUCUAAACAAGCAGAAGCUGACCAGAAAAUUUCAAGCAAUUAAAGGUAAAUUGAAACAGAUCAAAGUCAGAACUGAUAAAACUCCAGCAAACGAGGAGCAUGAAGAUGAGAAGGUUGGUACAGUUGAUCAAAUUAAAAAGAAGUACGGAUUCCCUUUGUAUGGGGAAACAACUGCUGCUAAGAUGGCAGAAAACAAGAUCCAGGAUAAUUUGAAGAAGUUGCAGGGCAUCAACAAUCGAACUGCAGAGAUGCAGGAUACUGCUCAAUCUUUCUCACUCUUGGCAAAGGAGGUACUGCGAACUGCUGAACACGAUAGGCAGAGUUCAUAAGUCCUACAGAUGUUGACUUUUUAUUUUAUUUUUUUAUUUUUUUGAGGGAGGGGGUUUGUUUUGGUAUACCGUUUGUGACUGAUUAAUGGGCAUGCGAUUGUUUUUUAAGUUCUUUUCUGGAUGUAAAUGUUCAUGGGUAUAUAUAUAUAUAUAUAUAUAGUAUAAACGAGUCUUAAAGGAGAAUACCAACAAAGUUUUUUUUUCCCCUGUUUUCACCAUUUACUUGAGAGAAUGGAAUGGGAAAUGUAGUGGAUCCUGAGUUGUUUGGUUUGA